UAUUGUUGACGGCCGACCAUUUGCCACGUUGAGGAAUAAAUUGGCUCAACGAAACAAUAAGUUUGAUGAUCAUGUUUCCCUUUCGCCAAGAAUGAAAGAAGAAAGUGGGGUUGCGUGACAUCACUCUUCAUAUCAAUAGUUUACCUGAUGAAAUAUGAACCUGUAACCAGCAAGGGCGUAGACGGCUUUUCGACUUGUCAAACCUUUACAUGAACGCUUUUACCGUCCUUAUAUUGGACCACAGAAAUCAUUACUGAAAUCCUUAGGAAUCUGAACAUUGGUAACAGAUGGCAGCUUUCAGUGCUUUUCAGGCUUGGAAAUUUUACUUCCUCUCAACGUUUGUCGUGGUUGGAAUUUUAAGCCUCUUUUACAUUUUCCAACUUGAAUUAGCUGAUUCUAGUGUCUUUAAGCUGUUGACUCAUAGGUUUCGAAUGAGAAACGUACUUAAGAAUGAAAAGAGCACAAACGUAAUACUAAAUGAAAUUAGUAAAAAGAUUACAAACCACAGUUCCACACCCGCUUAUAGUACGACCACGCGUGCACCAGUUGAAGAGGAAAAAAGUAUUGGUGUUCAAAAUGUAGAGAUCACAAGCCCAGGAUUCAUUCCUUGCAAAGGCAAUGGAACAUGGGAAGUAUACGGGGACUCAGAUUGUUCGGAUAAUUCAAGGCGCGACAAUUUGUGCCAGCUUCUUCGUGCCUGGACUAUUGCAGCCAAGAAACACAACAUCAUUUACACUAUAGGUGCAGGGAGUCUUGUUGGAAUGCUACGGAAUAAUGAUUUAAUUCCCUGGGAUACAGACAUCGACAUAUAUCUCCACGUGAAAUAUUUCCCGCUUUUGCAAAAAUGGGAGAGAGAGAAAAUGUUUACAACGCUUCAGGAAUCAAUCUAUCUGGCGACUCAGCCAGGACCAGUGAAUAAUAUUCCCGAGGAAAAGAGAACGCGUCACAACUGUAACGGAAAGGUGACGUCACAUUACUCAGACAUGUGCUCCUUCCUGGAGCCAAUGGCGAGGUUGAUCAGAGGAAAUUGCUUUAUUGACUUUUUCCAUUAUGAAGAAAAAGGCGACAAGGUUGUAGAACAUGGUGAAAAUCUUGCUGUUAACAUGCAAAAAUAUACAGAUUUCUAUCCAUUUAGGCCAUGUAUUUUCAUGGGUUUUUCAGUUUCAUGUCCAAACAGACCUUUAGAAGUUUUACGAGUUACCUACAGUAGUACGUCUGACAUGAAGAAACCGCCCAAAGUUUGUAAGAACGGUCAAUGGGUUCAUAAUGGAUGAAAGCUAACAAACUAAUUAUAAUCCGCGCGAGAGACCGUAUUCAUAUUAGUGGGUGUAAUUUUAAAGAGGUCGACAUGUAAUCUGUGCAGAGGAAUAUCGAUCGAGUGCUGUAUGGUUCAUGUUCAAUAGGCCAUUUUACAGUUGUGUACUUAGUCGCCAAGCCUUUGAUUUGGAGUGAGGCUGUAGGUGACCAGU